CCGUGUGGUCGGCCUGUGAGGAAGCGUGGUGCUCGAUCAUGGUGAUGUGAGAGUGUAAUGCUCGUGUGUAAACAUGACAACCAUUAUGAUCAAUUGGAAAGUGCUUAUUUUAUUCAUCUACAGCCUCUGCCACGGACAUGGACACCAGUUCGUCGAGUCAGCAGGUGCGUCUCCAGAUGGCCCAGGAGCGGAGGCAUCCUUCUUCGGUGCCUCGUACAUAUCGCUGCCCCUUCAGGAGGCCAAGAGCUCGACGGAGAUCAGCCUUCGCCUCAAGACACACAGAGCUGAUUCCCUCUUGCUCCUCGCCGCUGGCACCACUGACUACUGCCUGGUGGUGCUGGAGGGCGGCGCCUUAAGGGUACGCAUUAACCUUGGCGCCGGGGAGUCGGAGUUAUCAUCGCCGCCUCGCCUUCGCCUGGACGACCUACUGUGGCAUGACGUAAAAAUCUCCCGCAACACAGCUGACAUGACGCUCACUAUUGAUAACAUUCACACCACUAAGAUAACGCUGGCUGGGAGGUUUCACGAACUCAAUAUUCACUACGGAGUUUUCCUGGGCGGCCUUGGGGACUUCACGGAGAUCUUUCUUGGGCUGCUAGAUAACUUCAGAGGAUGCAUGGAUCAGGUCAUGUACAACGGGAUAGAAGUCCUGAGGGAAGCGAGGGAAGGAAACUCCAAAACCUCGGAUGUGUACGGGGUGGAGUGGCAAUGUUCGGAGGAGUUUGAUGCCUCUCCAAGUGCUGCUAUUAGUUUCGUGCAGCCGGGCGCCUACGUGGCCUUCCAGGAGUCCUACCCACGCACGGGAGGCUCCAUCAGCAUGCAGAUCAAGACACAGAGUCAACACGCGCUUCUGCUGUACAACACGGGGCCGCCAUCCAGGUCGGAUUUCAUUGCACUGGAGAUCUACGAGGGACGCCUGAGACUUAUCAUCGACAAGGGAAAUGGCGCGGUCAGCUUAAACAGCACGGUGCCAAUCAGUGACGGCAUCUGGCACUCGGUGGAGGCUCACUUCCAGCCCACCUAUAUGGAGCUGAGCGUUGACGACCACAUAGAAGACCAACCCACAGCCGUCGGGGAGAACAAGUACUUCGAUCUGUCCGGCCUUCUGUUCAUCGGCGGCGUGGAGGUCAACAAGAGAGCCAGAGCGGUGAACCAAGGCGCCAGGAACGGAGAUAAGAGCUUAGAGGGAUGUAUACAGCACCUGAAGGCCGGGGAGCGUCACCUUAGCAUCAGGGAGGCCAGGGUGACGCAAGGGAUCCAGGCGGAGUGUAAGUGGGCGUACCCUUGCCUUAAGAACCCCUGCGUGGACGGGAGUGUGUGCGUCCAGGAAGGCACUGACGGUUUUAAGUGCGAGUGUGACCUGGCUCUGUGUGUCCGCCAGAAUUUCACCACAGCCUACAAAGUGUUCACCAAGACCACGCUGCCCUUCGACCUAGAGGUGUUGAGUCUCACGCCGAUGGAGGUGCAGGAAGGCGGCCAGGCGCUCAUCACCUCAGACCACCUGCACCUCGUCCUCGAUUAUGAAAAGUACGGGGUGAGAGAGUCCGGGGUGCUAUUCCACGUCAUCACUCUCCCAUCACGAGGCCACCUGGAUGUCAAACUGUGGCGGAGACCCGAGGAUAAUACCUUCACCCUUCUCGAUCUCAACAACGACGGAGUGACUUAUGUCCAUGACGGCUCCGAGACCACUGAGGAUUCCGUGGUACUGGAGCUAGAACUUGUCACGCGGUCUGGUUACAUCCUACCCUCGUAUCUGCAGUCCCGUCAUAGAUUUGUACUCCCAAUUCGAGUCGUGUCCAGAAACGACCCUCCGAGACUGCAACUGCCGCCCGGGGAGGUGUUACGAUUGGCGGCAGGAACCACGAGAACAUUCACGCCGGAGCUUAUUAACGUUCUGGACAGUGACACCGAGCCGGGCAAGCUAAGGAUAUCGGUCCUUAACCUGAAGGGGCCUGAGAACGGCUACAUCCAGAGCUCACAGUCUCCGGGUGUCCCCAUCCACACGUUCACGCUGGAGCAGGUGCAGCACGGCCUCGUCUCUUACGUGCAUCGCGGCCCUUCCAACACCAAGAUCGUGCUGCAGGUUUCGGACGGCAUCGAGACGGGUGACCCUGUCAUCUUACGCGUAGCGGCCUUCGAGCUACAAGUGUACCUGGUGAACAAGACGGGUCUCAGCAUCACACACGGCAGCUGGGCCCUCAUCACACCAGCCAACCUCUCCUACACCACCAACGCUCCCGAGCAGGACCUGGAGGUGUUUUUUGAGAUCACUGGACAGCCUCGCUAUGGCGCCGUGCAGAGACUCCGAGGUCCCGAUCGCUGGGCGGACGUGGAACAGUUCAGCAGCCGCCAGCUUCAGAAGGGCAAGAUCCGCUAUGUGCACAUCAACACGGAGCCGCACGAGGACGAGUUCAGGUUCAAGCUUUUCUGUGGAGAUCAGAAGUUCCCAACAGAGUACACCUUCAGCAUCACCUUUGUCUCCGUCACCGUAGACAUUAUCCGCAACGCCGAGCUGCUCAUUGACAGGGUGCAGGAGAGCUUCAUCUCCGAGGGCUUCCUCCAGAGUGAGACUCGCCCAGAUCCCACGCCAAGCAGGGACAUCAUGUACAAGAUCAUCUCCCCGCCCAUGUACGGCUCCAUCUUCCUGAGCUCCGGGGACCUGACGCAGCACAAGCAGCUCAAGAAGGGCUCAAACUUCAGCCAGGAGGACGUGGCAAAAGGCAGAAUUAAGUACAGACUGCACAGGAAGAGCUACUCCACCCUCCGCGACUCCUUCCAGUUCAAGGUGACGAGCAACGGCCGCGCCAGCACCGUGCACACCUUCAACAUCCGCCACACGCCGCCGCCUGUGGACGCAGAUAUCGUGGUGGAGCGCAUGGAUAUCAGGGAGGGCGGCACAGAGAAGAUCACCGACAAGUACCUGAAGAUUGAGGUGCAGAACAUCAGGAACAUCGUGUUUAACGUUACGGUGCCGCCCAAACACGGAGCCAUCAACGUGGUGGACGAAUCCAUGGUCACCCGGCAAGACUCAACACCACCUUCUUCACUUCACACGAGAUCAAUUCCGGAACCGUAUCUUACACACACGACGAUUCAGAAUCCACGAAGGAUCGCUUCCACUUCGUAGCCCGCAGAAGACCCGCAGGUGGACUUCCAGUACGUGGGCGUGAUGCACUUCCGCAUUAUCAUGAUCAACGACAACCACCCGCUGAGGACCAUGGAAAAAGUGAUCAACGUGGUGACAAACAGCGAGCGCGUCAUCACCGCCAACGAUCUGCGCUACGUGGACCCAGACAUCGACACCCCCACCACUAGCAUCCAGUACACGCGCAGCAAGAUUCCCAACGGGGAGUUCUACCACGUGGAGGACAGGUCAGACCCAGUGUACCUGUUCACGCAGGAAGACAUUGACCGCCGUCGCAUUGUGUUCCGCCACGAGGGUCCCUCCUACGGCAAGUCAGUCAUCUCGGUGACGGACGGCCAGCUGUCUUCCACGGGCAUCCUGGAGGUGGUGGCGUCCGAGCCCUUCAUCGAGAUCGUCAACAACAGCGGCAUCAUAGUCCCCCGCGGACAGGAGGCUCCUAUCUCCAACUACAACCUGAGCGUGGAGACCAACAUGAACGCGUGGGGCGCCGCGAUACUGUUCCGCGUCACCAAGCAGCCUCGCUACGGCCGCCUGGUGGGGCUGGGGUCACUGGAGCCCCGCAACACCUUCACGGAGGCGGACCUGCAGAACGGCCACCUGCGGUACGUCAACAAGGGCGACCCGAGCUUCAGGGACGAAUUCCGCUUCCAGGCGAGGAUCGGCGACACCACUACUGAGGGCAUCUUUGAAGUGAAGGUGUACCCGGAGAGUUACUGGGAGCCUCUGGUCGUCCUAAACAACACGACGGCACGGGUAGAGGAGGGCGCCCGUGUGACUAUCGACCAAGCAGUCCUGAACGUGAUGCAUCCCAACAUAGCGCCGUCUGACAUCACCUACGUCAUCGUGCAGCGGCCCCAGAAUGGCUACCUGUACAUUGACCACAGCACGGCCGCCUCCGCCUCGUCCUCUUCCUCUCCGUCCUCGCCAUCAUCCAGUCAUGAGUACGAGGAUGAGGCGAGUCUGCUCAAACCCGAGGUCAACGUGUUCGACCAGGCGCUGAUCAACCAAGGUCGAGUCCAUUAUGUCGAGGUGGGAACGAACGUCACAAGCGAUCACUUUGUAUUUGACGUAACCAAUGGGAUCUCCAGCCUCUCCCGCCUCGUCUUCAACAUCCAGGUGAUUCCCAAGACGAUCUACCUGUCGGCCGGGCUAAUACAGGUGGACGAGGGGGCGCACACCACAGUCACCCCCUCCGUGGUCACCGUGUUGACUGACUACUACACAGACAAGAUCCGACAGUACUUGGUGACAGUGCAGCCCUCGGCGGGUCAGCUCGAGCUCACCAGUAGGCGUGGGAGGAAGGUGGAGGCGUUCACACCGGAACAACUCAAGCAGGGACUCAUUUCGUACGUGCACGAUGACUCAGAACGACUCAAGGACACCUUCAGCCUCGUCGCCGUGUCAGGAGUCCGUCAGAGCGCCCCGGCCCAGGUGAACGUACAGGUGCGAGGCGUGAACGACGAGGCGCCCUUCGUCAUCAACAAUACUGGCAUUACCUUAUGGGAAGGCAACACCAUCCUCAUCACAAAUUCCAACUUAGCGGUGAUGGACCCGGACACGCCCGCCGAGAACCUCAGCAUCACAGUGGCUACACCUGAUUCAGGCUUCCUCGCCCUAGCCUCCAACUUGAGCCACCCUGUGUCCUCCUUCACCCAGGCGGACGUGAACAACAAGCGCCUCUAUUUCACCCACACAGGCGGGCUGUCUGGAAUGUUCCGGUGGGAGGCCAGCGACCAGGUUCACGGCACAGGCUCCCAUGUGUUUACUGUGACGGCGCGGGAGCUUCACCUGCACCUGCGGCACAACAAACCCAUGUGGGUGUUUCCCAUGAUGCAACAGACACUGUCCUCGGAGGUGCUGUUAACCCUCACCUCAGACUACGACCCGCGCCGCUCCGUCAUGUACGUGGUGCGCCAGGCGCCCCUGCUCGGCCACUUACUUCUGGAGGGGCCCGGCGGUGUGCGCGUUCCUGUUGAGAACUUCACGCAGCGUCAUAUCAACGAGUCUCGCGUUAUCUUCGAGCACACGAGUCCCUUCACUGAGCUCUCCGCCAGCGACAUGUUUGUGUUUGAUAUAGAGACGCCCUUCGCUGAGCCGCUGCGUGACCAAGAGUUCCAUCUGGAGAUAUCUGUAGCCAGUCCGCGCGGCGGAGGCCUGGAGAGGUAUCUGGGCCUGGCACCGCUGGUCGUGGCAGAAGGUGGACAGGCAACGGUGCGGCCAGACAACUUAAAUCUGUCGGCGGUGCUGGAGUUUAUUGAAGGUUAUCCAGCGGCCAGCAGUUCUGACCGGCCGCCGCCGCGCCUUAUCACCACCGUCACUGCUGUCCCCACGCACGGAGUCUUCACACUUCGAAAGAGGAACCUCACCGAGGGAUAUACAUUCACGGUGAGGGACAUAGAAAAAGGACGCGUCCGGUACGAGCACGACCACAGCGACACGCUGCGGGACGCCAUGGGCUUCACUGUGGCCCUGGCAGGCAAUGGCUCAUCCCCAGACGUGCUGCUAUUCAACGGGUCCCUUAACGUUAGCGUGACCCCCGUGAACGACCAGCCGUUCACCUUGAUAACCACCCCUCCCGUCAUGAAAGUAGUGCACCGCCAGAACGCCGUCAUCACCAACCACAGUCUGCUGACGACAGAUCCCGAACCCCCUAGCGAAAUUGACUACGAGUUGAUGAACACACCUGACCACGGCCGGCUCAUCCUGGCGCACAACUACAGCGUGGCCGUGCAGUCCUUCACGCAGGAGGACAUCAACGCGGGCCGCAUCCUGUACGCGCACGACGGCACCAAUGACUCAGACAGGUUUUAUUUCAAGGUGUCUGACGGCAAGCACGAGCCUAAGUACACGGUUUUCACCAUCGAGAUCCAGCCGCUAACACUGACGCUGGUGAACCACACUGUGCUGCCACUGCGCCAGACCACCACCACCGCCUACCUCACGCCGCACCACCUCGCCGCGCACACCAACGGCAACCCAAACCACAUCUUCUACAACGUCACUAGGCCCCCAAGGUUCGGACACCUGUACAUGAACGACCAGGUGGUACACACGUUCGGCCAAGUGAACAUAGACAAGGGUGAGAUCCUGUACAUGCAGGUAGAGAUGACGGAGCCAGCAGAUAACUUCCAAGUGGACAUCUGGACCUGGGAGGCAACGGUCCCUGGAGUGGAGGUGCGGGUGGCGGUCUCGCCUCUGAUAGAGUCCAACCCCAUGACGGCGGUGGUGGGCGGCCGCACGCGCCUCACCCUGGAGCACCUGGACGCCUCCCAGUUGGCCACUGUCACCGGCAGCAGUCCGGUAUUUAAAGUGAAGCGCAGGCCGCGCUUCGGCAGGAUCAAGAAGGUGACUCGCCGCGUGCGCCGCUCAGGCCGCUCGCAUGAGGUGCAGCAGUUCACACACGAGGAGCUGCGCGCCGGCGUAAUUUAUUACGUAGCCAGGAAGCUCAACCUGAAGGCAGAGGAGCCACUGCACGACGCCCUACACUACGUACUGCAUGUGCCUGCGCCAGGCAUCCAGCCAGCAGAGGGCACGCUGCGCCUAACACUGGUGGAGGCAGGGGCGGUGCUAAAGGAAGGAGCAGAGCCUCCCAGGCACCUUAGACCCGACUUGCCACCCUCUGUAAGGGGCAGCUCAGAGACAAGCAGUGCAGGCAACGGCAACUCCGAGCUCUUCCUGGGCAUUCCCGAGGAUUACCUGAUGGUGGUGGUGGCGGGCGCCGUGGCCCUGGUGGCCAUCGUGGCCAUAGUGGUGGUGGCGCGCUUCGCCACAAGACGCCGACACUCCGACAAGAGACGUGACGUGGUGAUGGAUGCCGACGUGGCUUCGCUGCCUCCGCCGCUGCCUUCAGACUCGAGGCCAAACUCUUUCCUGACGGAUGACAUGUCCGAGUUGGAGUGUCGGCCCACCGACCUACCGUCCUCGCCGCGGCCCGGCCGCCACCUGCAUCACCAUCACCACAACGGUGGCAGCGGCAGCCUGGGCUUGGCUGCUCACCUCACCGAUUCCGACGCCUCGUGGCCGCACGACAUCUCCCGCGAGGUGUCGCCGGCCGUGCCGCAGUGCAAGGUGACGCCCCUCUGCACCGACACCGCCUCCCGCGACACGCCCUACGAUCCCCACCUGGCCGGCUACCCGUACGGCAUGGACACGCAGCAGGCGGAGGAGUGGGGUCUCUACGAGAAGCACCAGCCUAGAACCACCAACCCCAUGCUCAGGAAGAACCAGUACUGGGUAUAGAACCGGCUGAGGUGGGCGGCUCAGUCCCCCCCACCAGCAGCAGUGUUACCGCCACCACGGCCACCACGGCCACCGCGUACACCACGUACACCACCCUCACUCUCACCGCCACCGUCACUCUCAUCACAGCAAGAUGCUAAGCUAACACCCAUCCCAACACCAGCACCAGUGCCAUCACCGCCGCAGCCAUCAUCACCACCACUAAGCACUGAGCCAUCGUCUUGCUCCCCGACACCAUCACCACCAUCACCACCGUCACCACCACCACUGCCAACACCACCCCCGCCACCAUCACCACCACAGCCUCUCCCGGACAUUAUACAGAGCACAACGCUAUGAGAGAACGAAUCAUUGUGGAAAAAAAUAGCAAAAAAAAAAAAAAAAAAAUGUUCGUAAGGUAAAAUGAGAAACUUGUUCAGUGUUGGCGUCGUAAAGAGAAAGCUUAGCGCGCCGUGGCAGGUCUGAACACACUCCUCCAGGGACAGGCUGACUCAAGUUCCCUCGUAAAGAGUCGCGUGUCCCGAGACAAUGGAUUCGUGGCUCAUAAGAUAUAAUAAAAAAAAAAAUCCUUAAGUGCCCUGAAAACUCCCUCCCGUUGCUUAUGAGUGUUUUAGUGAGUGAGUGAGUGCGUGAGUGAGUGAAAGCGAGUGAGAGCCAGUCUUGAGGGAGAUACUACUGGUUGUUAAACGUCACUAACACACACGCGCGUGCAAAAAGAAAGAAAGUGACUGAAAAAAUGAGAGUAAAUGUGACA